CCCCGGCCUUCUCUCAGCCCCCUCCCCGGCCAACGCUGCUUGCGAGUCAGCUGUCUUCAUGAGCCCCAAGGAUGUCCGGGAAGCACUAUAAAGGCCCUGAAGUGAGCUGCUGCAUCAAGUAUUUCAUCUUUGGCUUCAACGUCAUCUUCUGGCUCCUGGGCAUAGCAUUUCUUGGAAUAGGACUUUGGGCAUGGAAUGAAAAAGGAGUGCUGUCCAACAUCUCUUCCAUUACUGACCUGGGUGGCUUUGAUCCAGUUUGGCUCUUCCUUGUGGUUGGAGGAGUGAUGUUCAUAUUGGGCUUUGCAGGAUGCAUCGGAGCUCUGCGGGAGAAUACCUUUCUUCUCAAGUUUUUCUCUGUCUUCCUUGGAAUAAUCUUCUUCCUGGAACUUACAGCUGGUGUUCUGGCAUUUGUUUUCAAAGACUGGAUCAAAGACCAGCUGUAUUUCUUUAUCAACAACAAUAUCCGAGCCUACAGAGAUGACAUUGAUUUGCAAAAUCUCAUAGACUUUACCCAAGAAUAUUGGCAGUGCUGUGGGGCCUUUGGAGCCGAUGACUGGAACCUCAACAUUUACUUCAACUGCACAGACUCCAACGCUAGUCGAGAACGGUGUGGAGUACCUUUCUCUUGCUGCACUAAAGAUCCUGCUGAGGAUGUCAUUAAUACUCAGUGUGGUUAUGAUGCCCGACAAAAACCAGAAGUUGAUCAACAGAUAGUUAUUUACACAAAGGGUUGCGUCCCACAGUUUGAGAAAUGGCUGCAGGACAAUUUGACCAUAGUGGCUGGCAUAUUCAUUGGAAUCGCAUUACUGCAGAUAUUUGGAAUAUGCUUGGCUCAAAACUUGGUUAGUGAUAUUGAAGCUGUCCGAGCCAGCUGGUAAAACUUUUAACAUGAGCGACGCAAGACCUUGUGGGUAACCGCAGUUCUUGGAAGGUUCCAUGUGGAUCGCAUGGACUCAAAGCUAUAUGAAAAUGGGGGACAGAGAAGUUUUGAGUUCUCAGCUGAUUAGAACAGCAUCACACCUUUGUUUAUUCCAGAAGGAGCAGGUCCAGCCACCUGGUUGUGGAAUGCUAUUUAAAGCUCCAGUCUAAAAUGUGCUGAGCCAUGAAUCUCUACUGUAUCCUUGACUGAGUAAACUGGAGGAUAUUUCUUUCUUCCGUUUUUGUGUGGCAAAUGGCUUGUGUCAAUGGAACCUCAGGGGAUGCACCCUUUUGUUUUCUGCGUUGCAGCAGCCCCCAGAUGAGGCAGUUUCCUUCUGCCAUUAAAGAAAUUGUAUGUCUUGGAACAGACCAAGAGAGCUAGUGUUUCUUUGGGAAGAAAUCCCAUGAAAGAGGCAACUACUUAUCUACUUCUUGUCUGCUUUGUUUCCUGGCAAGAAAUCAUUACUCUUGAACAGGAAAUUCAAUAUCUGUUACGUUAUGCCCUUAGUCGGACACCGACAGCUUUAAUUGUUUUUAGGCCUCUUGCAAUCUGUAUUUCACUGGACAGGGAAUUGUGUAAUCAGCAAACUUCAGGGAAGACCUACAAAAGAGAUAUUCUUUAUCUGUAUCAGUCACUAGCAAUAUGUAAAUGAAGAAGAGAUGAAGGCAUUCAUGCUGGGGGUUUUGAUGACGAGAUUGAGAAAUGCGAUGAACUUAGAAGCAGAAACAAGCACAGUGUAUUAAAUUUCAUGGAUAAAAUGAAUUCUACAGAAACAAAUAUGUUUGGAAUAGUUUUUGAUAUCUUGUGAUUUACUUCAUGUAGUAGGAUAAAUGUUUAUUUGUCCCAUUAUAACCCUAAGUAUAUCUUCAUAUGCCCUCUUUAUGUAGUUGUUAUAAACUUUUAAAAUUGCUACUCCUUUUGAUUUGCUGGAUAACUGAUUUGAGUGGGCUUCCAGU